CGGGAGCAUCCUCGUCCCUCCCCGGCGGGCGGGCAGGCGCGGGCAGGCGUCGCUGGCCAUGGGCCUGGCAGCCCGCAGCACGCUGGCGGCAGGACGCGCUCCUCCCUGCGCAUCGCCCCGGCGCGGACAAGGGCGCUUUGAGCGGCACGGGGGCGGCGGGGGGGGCCUGCGGGGGAGGCCUCUAGCCCUUUAAGAGGGGAAAUUCGCUUUGCAAUUGGAGCGAAUUCCGCGUCUGCGACAGGCGGGAGAAGUUGCAGGUCCCUCCCUCGCAGCACUUUAUUUAAUAUAGUAGUAGCGGAGCAGCGGGCUGGCAGCAGGCUCCGGCUGGGCUGCAUCUCCCUGCCCGGCCCUCGCGGGGACACCAUGGGCUGCCGCCGGCGUCCCGCCGCCCCGUUGCUGCUGCUGCUGCUGCUGCUGGCCUGCCAGCUGAGGCCCGUCCGCGCGGGACCCCCAGCCGGAGCCUCUUUCUUCGGGGAUGGCUACGUGGAGAUGCCCCUGGCGGACGCCUCGCGCACGGUGCGGCUCCAGCUGCAGCUGUACACCAGCCAGCAGAACGGGCUCCUCUUCCUGGCCGCGGGACAGCCCGACCAUCUCCUGGUGGAGCUGCGAGCCGGCACCCUGCAGGCCAAGCUGCGGCUAGGCUCGGAGGAGGUGACGCUACAGUCCCCAGCAGAGCUGCAGCUCAACAACUUGGCAAUGCACGAUGUGGACCUGUUGGUGGAAGAUGGCAGGAUGACGCUGACCAUCGAUGGCCUCUUUAACAGCUCUGUGGACAUCACAGGACCCGUACGGGAGCUGGACAUUCAGUAUGGCCUCUACGCGGGUGGGACGGGGAGCCUUGACCUGCCAUAUCUUUCUGGAUCCAGCUCUCCCUUCAGAGGUUGCCUCCACUUAGUGACAUUCAAUGGUCUGGACGUCCUCUCCCCUCCAGCUUCUGAAGGUAGCUCCAAGAUAUUCCACCGGGUUCAGGAGGGGUGCAGCACGCAGUUCUCUGCCGAGCCCGAUGACCCCUUUGGAUUCCUAGGACCACACUCUUACAUCGCAUUUCCCACGUGGAAUGCGAAGGAAGAAGGGACCAUUGAGUUUGUGAUAACAACAAGCAUCACCCAGGCACCCCUCAUCUACCACGCGGGGAUGGAGAAUGACUUCUUCUACCUGGAAAUCUCCAACGGACGCCUGAGAGGGUUUGUUGAGAAGGGGAACGGCAUCAUCGUCCUGCACAACAACAUCUUCAUCAGCGAUGAGCAGCAGCACUACGUUAAAGUCCACACAGACGUCCACAAGCUUGAGAUCCUGAUUGACUACUAUGCCUCAGCCACAUCCAACCGGGGCAUCAACAACUAUCUGGACCUUCAGGGGAACCUGUUCAUUGGAGGUAUGGAUGAAAAGGCUUUUCAAAGGCUGAGGGAGCAUCAUCUUGCCUUCAUGUCGGUGGGCAGCACAACAAACAACUCAUUUGUUGGCUGCUUAGAGGAUCUGCGGAUAAACCUGCAGAGGAGGAGUCUGCAAGACGCUGUGGUCACAAAGGACAUCACAUCUGGCUGUGGAAAGCAGGAGCAGUACUGGGAAUAUGAUGAAGUAUAUGAACAGGAUGAGGCACCCACCUCCCCACCUCCUGAUAUCUGGCAGGGAGCACCCGGCCUGGUAGCGGAACCAUGCCGGCCAGACAACAGCUUCCCUCCUGCCUUCGCUAACAUCAGCAGGCUGCUGCACGUCAGCCCCCUCAUUGUCUCUGAAGGAGGCACAGCCUUCUUGGAGUGGAAACACGUCCAGCUGACGAUAGACUUGAACCUCGCAAACAUCCGGCAGUCCCAAAUCCUCUUUAGCAUCACCAGUGACCCUAGGCACGGUCAGCUGGAACUAGAUGUCCCUGGAUCCAGAAGCAGAAGGAAGUUUACUUUGUUGGACAUUGUGAAUCGGAAGGUUAGAUAUGUCCAUGAUGGCUCCGAAGGACCCAUGGACCAGCUGAUGCUGGAGGUAGCUGUGACUGCCCAGCAAGGGAUCCCCGAGUGUUUGCGGCAGGGACAGAUGUACCUGCUACCCAUAAUGAUCAACCCCAUCAACGAUGCCCCUCAGGUAAUAUUUCCUCAUGGGGAUCACAUGACGAUCCUGAAGCACACACGGAAGCAUCUGACCACAGACAUCCUGCAGGCCUUGGAUGAUGACACAUCCUGUGAUGACCUUGAAUUUCAGCUGCAUGGUGGCCGACUGAUGGAAGAGGGUUAUGUGGAGUACGACUUUCACCCUGGAGUGCCCCUUGAAGAGUUUUCCUGCAGGGACUUGGAAGCAGGCAACAUAGUCUACGUGCACCAGAGCGGGACAAAUUUGCAGCUCACCUUCCAAGUGAGCGAUGGGUCUGUCCCAAGCCCCACAGCCACCCUGAAGAUCCUUGCCAUAGAGCCUGACAUCCGCAUGCACAGCAACACCGGCCUCUUCAUCUCCCAGGGAGGGGCUGCACGCAUUACCACAGCCAACCUAUCAGUGGAGACAAACGCUGUGAAACAACGUGUUGCCAUCCUGUAUGGCCUCACAGAACCUCUCAGGUAUGGUGAAGUCCAGAAACAAGGGAGGGUGGGAGGGGAAUGGCAAAAAGUGGAGUCCUUCCACCAGCAAGACCUGGAGCAAGGACGCAUCCAGUAUUUCAGCACAGAUCCCGAGCACCGGCUGGAAGAUGUUGUGGAGAAGCUGAAAUUCGAAGUCCAGGUUGGACAGAAGACCUUGCAAAACAACACCUUCCUCAUCAGGAUCAAAAGAGCUACCAUUAAGAUGAGAACCAUGGUCCCUCUCCAAAUGAAAAACAAGCGGCACAAAAAUAUCACCAGCAAGGAACUGGAGGCAAUGUUGGAAGAUCCAAACGCUGCCCCAGUCUCCUUCCAGUAUGUGAUAAUCCAGGCUCCCAAAAAGGGAAACUUGGAGUUGCUUGGCAACAGGCUGACUGAAGGCUCUGGAUUUACCCAAGAUGAUCUGCAAAGAAACCAUUUAAGCUACAGUGCAACCAUCAGGAACUCUAAGCAAGCUGAGGAUACCUUCCAGUUUCGUGUCCGUGCUGGGGACCAGCACUCUCCUGUGUACACCUACACAAUCAGCAUAGGUGGAGACCCCGAUGCACCAGCCCUGACCAAUGUCCUUCUGUCUGUGCUGGAAGGGGGGCAGGCCAUCAUCUCCAGGGACCACUUGUUUGUACAGAGCAUGAACAGCAUGGACUAUAUCUAUGAAGUAAUUGAAGGGCCAGCACACGGGAGGCUGGCCUGGGCCACGUCCGCAAGCUGGCCCUCCAGUGAGGAGAUCACAGAGUUCACCAAUGAGGACAUCCUCCAGGGCAGGCUGCUGUACCAGCAUGAUGACUCCGAGACCCUGGAGGACGAUAUCCCCUUUGUAGCAAUCAAGCAGGGCGAGGGCAGCACUGAGCCUGAUGCAGAGGAGGUGAGAGGUGUUUUCAGAGUAUCCAUCCAACCCGUCAAUGAUCACCCCCCUGUCCAAGUGGUGAACAAGGUUUUCAAUGUGGUGCGCAACGGACAGCACCUCCUGACGACGGACGACAUUGCCUUCACCGAUAAGGACUCCGGCUUCUCAGACACGCAGCUGGUGCUGGCGAGGAAGGACAUUCUGUUUGGCAGCAUCGUAUCCGUUGAUGACAGAAACCACCAGGUCUAUCGGUUCACACAGGAUGAUUUGAGGAAGAAAAAGAUCCUAUUCGUCCAUUCAGGGGCUGACCGGGGCUGGAUUCAGCUGCAGGUCUCAGAUGGCCUCCACCAAACUACCGCCCUCCUGGAAGUUCAGGCUUCGGACCCCUACAUCAAAAUAGUCAACAACACCGGCCUAGCCAUCCACCAAGGGAGCCGAGGGAGCAUUGACUCCUCUGUCCUCAGCCUGGAGACCAACAUGGACAUCAGGUCAGAUGAAGAGAUACGGUUCCUGAUAACUACUCCCCCACGGUGGGGGACUGUGCUGAGAGGGGAGCAGCCAGUCAUGGCUUUCUCCCAGAGGGAUCUGCUAGCAGGAGAGAUUGUGUACCGCCACAACGGGAGCAGGAACACCCGGGACGAGUUCCAGUUCACAGUGGAAGCCAACGAGGUGGUGGUGGAAGAUACGCUGGCCGUUACUGUGUUCUUGGACACCCAUCCCAGCCCCCUGCACAUUGUGAACCUCAAGGAGAUACGUGUCUUCCAAGGGGAAGCAGCUGAGAUCAAGGAAGAACAUUUGUCAGUUGCCCAUGAAGAGAUCCCUCCCCAGGACAUCAUCUACCUGGUAAGCAGCCCCCCGGUCUCAGGCUUCCUGGUGAUGGUUCAGCACGGGCAAGACUCAAAUGAACCACCCAGCUUGGAUCCCAUCCAGUCCUUCACCCAGGAGGACAUCAACAGCGGCAAAGUGCUCUACCUGCACUCCAGGCCAGAGGAGCAGCGUGACCGGUUUGUCGUGGACAUCACGGCCAGGGGGGCGGACCCACUGGAGGGGAUUGGGGUGAGCCUGGCCGUGCUCCCCGUCGCAGUCCCCCUGGACAUCCGCAACAUCACGGUGCCGGGGGGCAGCUCCGCCACGCUCUCCACCGACAUCCUCAACAUCCCCAGCGCCUACUUUGCAGCUCUCAGCGUGGAGUUCAGGGUGCUGGAGCCCCCCAGGUUCGGCACCCUGCAGAACCGCGAGCGGCCCCGGGAGCGUGGGCUGCACGCCUUCACCUGGAGCGAGGUGGAGAACGGGCAGAUCCAGUACCGGCAGGACGGCCCCCAGGCUCUGGCCGACAGCUUCACCCUCCUGGCCAACGCCACCGCCAUCGACCGGCACAGCCAGCCCCGGACCGUCUUCGUCACCAUCCUGCCCCACCGCAGCCGGGGCCCCCAGCUGCGCGUCAACGCCGGGCUGCAGAUGCGGGAGGGCGCCACGGCCGACAUCGGCCCCCAGCUCCUGAGCGCCGAGGAUGAGGACUCGCCGCCGGAGGACGUCAUCUACUCGGUGCAGCCGCCGGCCAACGGGAGGCUGGUGCUGCGGCCGUCCCCCCACGCCGAGGUGCGGCAGUUCAGCCAGGCGCAGAUAAACCGCGGCCUCGUCCAGUUCGUGCACCGAGGGCCCCUGGACGGCGGCUUCGCCUUCGCCUUGUCCGACGGCGAGAACCUGUCCCCGGGGCACUUCUUCGUGGUGCGGGCCCAGAGGGAGGCCGUCGUCAGCCUGGCGAAGAAGCAGAGCCUCACCGUGUGCCCAGGUGCCCUGCAGCCCAUCACGAGCGAGAACCUGCAGGCGGUGGCCGGCGGGGCGGCCGGCGCCGCCUCCCUGUACUACAGCAUCGAGCAGGCCCCGCGCCUGGGCCGGCUGGGCGCUGCCCGCGGCGGCGCCGAAGUGAGGAACUUCACCCAAGCCCAGGUGGAUAGUGGGAUGAUUUUCUACCAGCAUGAGAUGCCACCAAAACCAUUCUGGCUUGCCCAGGAUGCCAUUCGCUUCCGGGUCGUUGCUCCCACGACCAUCUCAGAUUCCUUCAUCCUCCUCGUGCUGAUAUCAUUCGAGGCCAGAUGCCCCCAACGCUCAACUCAGCUCUGGAGAAAUGCAGGCCUCCAGGUUGCGAAGGCUCAAAGGGCAGAGAUCGACACCUCCGUGCUCGACGCCUCCAACCUCCUGAGCCAAGUCCCAGCCCCCGAGAGGGCCACGCACGACGUCGUGUUCCUGGUCACGGGGCUCCCUGGGCAUGGGCAGCUCUCGGUGGCCGGCGUGCCUGUGGAGAGGGCACGUCCCGUCUUCCUGCAGUCGGAUCUGGACGCGGGGCGCCUGGUGUACACCCACCGCGGGGACAGUGCCUCCGAAGAUCACUUCCAAUUUAAGGCUUGGCUCCGGCCCCGGGCAGAGCAGUCUGUUCACCCUCCUCAAGAAGGGGUGGUCAUUUCUGAAGCUUUUAAUAUAACGGUGACGAGCGGCAAUAAAAAGGUGCCACAGGUGGUGAAGCGGCGAGAAGUGCUGCAGGUCCUCGUGGGCUCCUGGGUGCUGCUGUCCCAGGAGUACCUGGAUAUAGCUGACUCGGAUAGUUCCCCGGAGGAGAUGGAGUACCGCCUCCUCCAGAGACCCCUCACCGGCUACCUGGCCAGCACCCGCAAUCACCAGGUGCCUAUUGACCACUUCACCCAAGCAGACAUCAACACAGGCCACGUGGCGUUCGUUGCCUCCGGGAACCGUUCCCCUGAGUCCUUGGUCCUGAGCCUCUCUGAUGGCCAUCACGCACCCAUCCUGACCUCUCUGGAAAUCAUGGUGCUGCCUGCGGUGACAACCCCAGUGAACCUGGUGCCACUGGAAGUACCUCAGGGCCUGAACAAGGCCUCCGUGUCCCGGGAUCACCUCCUGGGAGCGUCCCAGCUCGGGCAACAGGACGUUGUUUACAGGAUCACCAAGGACCCAAAGUUUGGCCAAGUGCAAGUCAACCAAAAGCCAGUGCGGGCGUUCUCACAGAAGCAGGUGGACCAUGGGGAAGUAACUUUUAUUUUUACCAACUUCUCCUCUCCUGAGGAUGAAUUCCACUUCCUCGCCACAUCCCAGACAGCAAACAGGACUGGGGUGGUGAAUGUGACUGUCAAGGCCUGGGUCAAGGCACAGCCAGGGAGCCUGUGGCCCAGGGGCACCACAGCCCUGAUGGACACCAGCAUCCUCGACGCGAGCGAACUGGCCAACCAGACUAAGGGAGUCCCAGUAUUUAAAAUCCGCAGGGCGCCCAGUAGCAGCCGUGUCAUGAGGGUCUCGAGAGACCCGGGGCAACACGCCACCCCAGUCGACAACUUCAGCCAGAUUGAGCUGGAGCAAGGGCUGAUCGGUCUGGAGGUGCUGGACACCACGGAGGCUGGCCAACCGCUGCAGAACGACAGCUUCGUCUUCGAACUGGCAGCUGCUGGCGUGCCGCCGGCACUGGCGUCCCUGGUGUAUAGCAUUGAGCCAUAUAACACCUCCAAAGCCUACAGCGUCACCCUGCUUGCAGCCCCCCAGGUGCCCUCACCACACACGCUGGGCCCCCAGCCACAGGGCACGGCGUGGAGCAGCCCCAAUGCCAGCGAGCUGGGCGUCCCCCCCACCGCCUGGCACGGCCACGGCGCCACGACCAGCCCCAGCCCCGUGGAGGGGGGCACGUUCCUCAGCUUCAUCGAGGCCAACAUGUUCAGCGUCAUCAUCCCCAUCUGCCUCAUCUUCCUCCUGCUGGCUCUCAUCUUGCCCCUGCUCUUCUACCUGCACAAGCGCAACAAGACAGGGAAGCACCACGUCCAGGGCGCCCCGGCCGCCAAGGCCAAGAACGGCACCGUGCUCGACCAGGAGACCUUCCGGAAGACGGACCCCAACCAAGGCAUCCCCCUAACAACUGUGAACGCCCUGGAGGCCAAGGGAGAGGGCCCUCCGCCCCCGGGCACGGGGCCUGGCGCGCCGCCGGACCCUGAGCUUCUCCAGUACUGCCGGACUUCAAACCCCGCCUUGAAAAACAACCAGUACUGGGUCUGAAGGGCUAGGCACGGAGGCGAGCGGCCGGACCGUCCCCAGCCAGGGUCCCUCAGCCUCUCGGGUCGCCCCGAGCACCUCCAUCCUCCUCCUGGUUCUCCUCUUCCCUGGAGGCAGGAGGAGCCCAGCGAUGCGGGGGCUGCCGGUGCCGGCACACCCGGGAGCCCCAGAUCUCCGGGUUGCUUGGGGCAGGGGAAGGGGUCACUGCAUAGGCAAGCGGGGUGGGGGGAGGCCGUACUUCAGCAGCCCUAGGAAAUGCUUUUUUCGGGUGCUUCUGGACCACCCAAACGGUGGCCGUGGGGCAGGAGUGGAGUGCCCGAGCCGGUGCCGCUGGCAGUCCCCGCCGAUCCACCCAGGCGGGUCUGGCCGCGGCUCCCACAGCGCAGGCGCAGGGCCAGGGAGGGGGCAGGCACGGGCUGCCCCACGGGGGCGUUCGCCGCAGCUCUCGGCGCGGGAGGGAGGAUGAAGAGCGAUUCGCACUGAGUCAGGCUCUGGAUGAAGCUGUCCAAAAUCCCCAGGGCUAGGCGGGCUGAGCCACUGGCGCGGAGGCUCGGAAAAACGCCGUGGCCAAUGCCAGGGGAAUUUAAGGAGUCCCCACCCAUCUGGAAAAACCGAAUCGCUCUUUCUCCGAACGCCCGUCGCGCGUUUCACAAAGCAGAGCAGGCAGCGCCCGGGGGGAGGUUGCACAACAGGUAGGCUGCCUGUGCGAAACCGCAGCGCGCUGACGGCAGGCGACGUGGGCAGGGACACCGCGGGCAGGGACACCGCGGGCGCUCACCUGGCUCGCGGCGCUCCGUGCAGGAGAUGCGGUGGGGGCGGCUCUCGGCUGCCGCGAGCCGGCCGUGCCCUGCCCUGCCCUCCGCGCGCUCCCCGGGGCCGGACGGUCAACGCGCCGAGCGGGGCCCCGCCGGACACGAGAGCAGGGACCGGGACCCAGCGCGGUUUUCCACUGUAUACUCCAAUAUGGCAGAAGUAAAACAGAAUAAAGUGCCUUUUCCGAGGUGCCUCCUGGAA